CCUUAUUUUAUUAGUAUCUCUUUUGGCGUAUGACUGAUCACUUCUUCAUAGUUCUUACCUUUCGUACAAGGUACAACUAAUUUAAGUUAGACAAACUAUGCUGUUAUGUAUUAUAUUUCUAUAAUAAACACUAAGUCAGAAUAAUAGAAGUCACCAACAAAUUAACAGGUAAUUUGCGGGGUGGAAUAUACAUUGGCGUAAUUAAAUGUUUUAAUGGAGCCAUUAUAGUUGGUGUAGCAUUUAACCUUUAACUUCAAUAGGCUAAUGUUACAAAAAUGACAAAUAUAAUAUCUCCUUCAUAACAUAUUUUUUUUUAGUUAGUAGGGAUUACUUUGCUGACGACGUCUAGGCCACGUAUAUUUAUUAUUGUAAAUAUAGAUUACCUUCGAUCGGACGUAAUCAAUGCCCAUGAACACGUUUAUCACGUAAUUAUAGUCACAGCUGCAACAUAAUCAAGAAGUAUAAACACCGAAGGUACGCAGUUUGAUCUUCUUAAUUGAUCAUGGACAGAGGUAAAUUAAUUAUUUGUAUGGUAUUCGUGUUCAGUCUGGGGAUUGGCAGAGACAGAAGUGUGGAGGCUCAAAACUCACAAAACAAUAAUGAAUGUUUCACGCCAAAUGAUCUUAACGGCAAUUGCAUUAACAUAAAAAGAUGCCCAACGUUACGUUAUCUAUUACAAAAUCAGAGACACAAUGCUUCUAUUGCCACUUUUCUCAGAAACUCUAUGUGUGGAUAUGAGGGUAAAGAUCCUAAGGUAUGCUGUCCAUUGGAGAAUGAACCUACCACAACUAACUACGCCACUGAAACUUCUCAAAGGAUAACUACUCCCAAACCUGAUUCGACAGGAUCAGCAAUUUACGAAACAGUGUCGUCAAUCAAAUUGCCAUCUCAAAAAACUUGUGGGCGGUCCAAUUCUACUCACGUUCGAAUUGUCGGAGGAAAUCCUGCUGAAUUAGGUGCUUGGCCCUGGAUGGCAGCACUUGGGUAUCAAGAUCUUAAUAGGCCAACUACCGAAUACCAAUGGCUGUGUGGCGGUGCCUUGAUAUCAGAAAGAUACGUAUUAACAGCUGCCCACUGCACCGUCGGUAUUGGAAAUCGAAAAUUGGCUGUUGCGCAUUUAGGUGAUUUGAACUUAGAUCCUAAAGUAAAUGAUGGAUCUGGACCAAUAGAUGUUGCAAUUUCACGUAUAAUAACACAUGAACGGUAUAACGCACAAGAAUACACCACUGAUAUUGCAUUAUUAAAAUUAGAAAACAGUGUUAGAUUUAAUCAAUUUAUUCAACCCAUCUGUUUACCCAUCUUAUCACAUCAUAGAGCCAACAAGUUGGUUAAAUCUGUACCGUUUGUGGCCGGAUGGGGUUCCACAUCAUUUCGGGGACCAAGUUCUACUCAUCUAAUGGAAGUUCAAGUACCAGUGAUGGACAAUUCGGAAUGUAAACGAGCAUUUGCCAACAAGAAAUCAGUUAUCGAUGAUAGAGUGUUGUGUGCUGGUAUCUUAACAGGCGGAAAAGACGCUUGUCAGGGAGAUUCCGGAGGUCCCUUAAUGUGGCCAAGUGGUAGCCAAUAUUAUUUAGUGGGUGUUGUGUCUUAUGGAUUUAAGUGCGCUGAACCAGGUUAUCCAGGUGUAUAUACUAGGGUGGCAUCAUUUGUCGAAUGGAUCGCAGAUAACAUGAACUACAGUUAAAUUGCAUUAAAUGAUGCUGUUUAAUAGAAAACUUUGUGCAAUUAGUUUAUCUAUUUACUAUUACAGCAAAUUCAUAAUUUCUCAGAUAACUACCUACUUAAUUUUAACAUCUAUUGUUUUAAAAAUGAUUUUUCGUAAUUAAAAAUGAUAAUAUUUGUAUUCUUAUUUUAAUCGUUUAUUUUAAAAUAUUAAGCAGGUAUGUAUCAGGUUUAAGUAUUUCACUUUAAAGCGAAAUGUAUACCUAGUACCUAUUUUAAUAAACAUGAUAAAUUGUGGUUUAUGA